AUGAUAGAGAAAUUACUGCUCAGUGUUCAGGGAGCCCUGCUCGAAAUUCAAGGACACCACAUGCGGUUGUGUGUAGGCAACAUCGCCGCAAAGUUGCCGAUUUUCUUCUUUUCCAGCAGAAAAUGUACAAAGCAACAAGACGCAUUCGAUGAGGAGAAGUUUGAACGUGAAUUUAAGGCUCGAGUUAUGAGCAGAAUAUUGGAAAAAGGGGAUAAAGAAGAUGUGAGUGGCGAGACUGAUCACGAUGAACAUAAAGAGACUGAUCGUCUUCCACCUCUUCCCACUGAUGACGAGUAUGACGACGAGGUUAGGCCCUUAAUUUUUGUGGUUUCACAGUACAAUCUUUCCGAACUGUGCGCACAUACAUGCACUGCUCAUUCUCUUUGUCGAUUCAUUUUUAUGAGCGUAAUCCAGCUGCUGGCAUUCCUCUAAUC